CUCCGCGUCUACUGGGCCAACCUCCGCCGCCGCCUCGGCACCGGCACGUCCCCCUCCACCUCCUCCGUCCUCGACGACAGCGCACCCUCCACCAGCGCAACGCCCCCGCCCACCGCCCACGCCCACUCCACUUCACAGUCCCGCGCCCACCUCGCCGGCGCCGAGGACGAUGACGUCGUGGACGAGGUCGUCGUCGAUCGCAACUGGUCCGAGGAGAUCAGGAGCUCCGUCAGCCAGUCCGACGCCGGCGGCCUCCCCGAUCGCCAUCCUGGCGCAACGCACGUCGCCAACGGCAACGGGCAUGGCCCGUGGGGCGGCGCCAGCACAGACAGGGACAGCGUCGCCCACGCGGAGGGCCUCUGGGCGUCUUGCCGCUUGCUCAUCGUCCUGCGCUGGCGCGUCUGGCCCGCCGUGCUCGACUUCUUCUCCCUGCGCUUUCCGGACAAGAAGGCGGAGGCGCAGUACUGGCGCGAGAACUGGUUCAUGCGGAAGUCGCACGCGCUCUGGUGCGCCGCGUUCCUCAUCGUCAAUUGGGCCCUCGCCAUCGCAUUCGUCCCCGGCCCGCGCGUCCUUCCAGACAAGAUAUUCUACUACGGCAUCUCCGCCUUCCUCACGUUCGCGGUGUUCCCGAUGGUCAUGUACGACUGGCCGCGCGACAGGCCGAAUGUGUACCAGGCCGUGCUCGUGUUUUCCAUCUGGUCUUGGGCGGUAUACCAGGUCUUGUUCAUGUACUACUGCGACUACUUCCUGAACAUCCAGCCGCUCUUCACGUGCGGCCACAAGGACUUCAUCUCGCUCUUCUACUAUGCGACUGGCAUGCAAACGAUCGCGCUGUUCGGGCUCAAGCUGAAGCGCUUCACCGCCGUGCUCGGCGCGCUCACCUGGUUCCUCAUCUCGUGCGCGCUCAUCCUUCCCGUGAGGACAGGCUGGAUUCGCAACGUGCUCAACUUCCUCGUAUUCCACGUGUUCCUGACGUAUGUACACUACUCGCGCGAGACGGCGGAGCGCAGGCUGUACAUCCUCCGCGACCAGCUCAAGAUCCAGUUCCGCGCGACGCAGAAGGCGCAGGUGAACGAGCGCCGCGCGUCCGACUCGAAGCGCCGCUUGACUUCAUACGUGUUCCAUGAUGAACUCGUUUGUGGGCGUGUAGUGCUGGCGACGCAGAACAUGGAGGCGUCGGGCGUCGUGCCCAAGGCGCAGGAGAUCGAAUUCAAGGCGCUCGAGGGUAGCUUGAGCAUGAUGUCGAAAGUGCUGAACGACGUGCUCGAUUUCAACCGGAUGGACAGUGGGCGGUUCGAGUCUGUGGCCAAGCCGUACGCGUUCCAUCAUGUCAUGCGGUCCUUGUUCGUCACGCUGCGGCUCGCGGCGACCGCGCGCCAGUUGGAGUUUAUUACGGAUUUAGAUCAGUCGAUCGAUUGGGCCGCGCGCCGCGCCGCGUUCACGGCGCGGGGGCUCGAUCCGGCGCGCAUCGCGGCGCUGCUCGCGGACAGCCCGGACGAGGCGGGGAUCGUUGUCGGGGACGAGACGCGGCUGAUGCAGAUCGUGACGAACCUCGCGAGCAACGCGUGCAAGUUCACGCCGCCGGGGGGCAUGCUGCGGGUGUCGACGCGGCUGAUCACGCCCGAGGGCGGCGUCGCGUCGCCGGACAGAGGCGGCGGCGGCGGGGACGAGGAGCAAAAUGCGGGAGAGGGAAAGGGCGAGGGAGAGGGUAAGGAGGGGCUGUCGGCGAAUUUGCUUGACGCGCAUAAUCAACAGUACGUGAAGCCGCCGGACUACAUCGUCGUGCGGCUCGAGGUGGAGGACACCGGGUACGGGAUCCCGCCGAAGGAGAUGGUGCAGACCAAGCUGUUUUGUGCGUGUCGUGUUGCGGCGUUCAACCAGACCGAGCAAGGAAAAGAGCAGGGAGGGAAGGGAACGGGACUCGGGUUGGCGCUCGUGCGGCAGAUCGUGAAGCGCAGCGGGGGUCGGCUCGGCGUGGUGUCCAAGGUCGGCCGGGGGUCGACGUUCUGGGUCGAGCUGCCUCUGGGCGUCGGCGCGAAGGCGAUCGUGCCCCCAUCGCCACAGACGCAGACGCAGGCUCACGCCCCGCGGGGGCGGUAUCACGAGGACGCUGUGGGGCCAGCGUCCAGCGCGAACACGAGCGCCGGGUCGCCGCCGCGCCUGAACCCGUCGUCGUGGGGCUCCCGCGCGUCCUCGUCCGCGAUGCACAGCCUCAUGGAACAAGGUGACCCGCCCGAGCUUCCGGUGCCGGGGUCGGGCGCCGAGACGCCCGCGCCCGCGUACACGUCCAACGUCACCUCUUCCAUGGCGUCCACGACCACGUUCGUCGCGCAGGGCCACCGGCCACAGAUGUCCCUCGGGCCCACGCCUAUCCUGGUGAGGCAGUCGAGCGGCGCCGACCCGGAUGGCUCCACGGCUGCGAAUACGCCGGCCCACGCACAGCCCACGCCGCCCUCGCCGGACGCGGUUCCUCCGGGCCUGCAGGUGCUCGUCGUCGACGACGACACGCUCACGCGCACGCUCAUGAGCCGCAUGCUCUCGCGCCUCGGCUGCCAGGUCGCGACCGCCGAAAACGGCGAGGUCGCGCUCGACAUGAUCAUGGGCCCCGCCGCCGCGCGCGCCCGCGCGCCGCGUACGCCCGGGUCGGAGUACCCGCCGUCGAUUCCGUCGCCGUCGUACGGGAUCCGCUUCAUGGACGAGGGCGGGGGGCGCGGCUCGGCGCCCUCGGACCGUGCGUCCAAGUAUGCGGUGGUGUUCUUGGAUAACCAGAUGCCGGUGCUGUCUGGGCUGAAGGCGGUGGCGCGGCUGCGGGAGGCUGGGAGGAAGGAUUUCGUCGUGGGCGUUACCGGCAACGCUCUGUUGUCUGACCAGGAGGAGUAUUUGGAGGCUGGGGUCGAUCACGUCCUCACGAAGCCAGUCCUGGAGAAGAGCCUCAGACAUAUGCUCAAUGUCGCGAGCGAGCGCUUGCAAGCGAAACCUGCGCUAUCUGCUUCGGCGCCCUCGUGACCCCUCGCCCCCCUUCCUCUCCACUCUGCAAUUCUCAUUAUCGCGCCCUCUUAUCCACGGCUUCCCGGUGUGUCUUUUACGGGCCGCCGCGACAGCGGCCUUGCUUUUUCUCGCUAUCUAUACAGUGCUCACAUAUACAGCUCCGCGCUUUCGCGCUCGACGUCCGCCGCGGCGUUGUCUUCGCUUUUCAUCGUUCAAGUCCCCGUUGUCGCAUAUUGUCUCGCAUCUCUGUUUGCUCUGUCUAUACAUCACCGCUAGCUAGCCCCCCGACGCACUCGGCAACACACUCCUAACUCAGCAUACACAUGUUUCUCUCUCUCUCUGUCUCCGCUAUCUCAGCCCAGUGUCGCACAUCUAUGACCGAUCCGUUAUAUACGUCGCGUCGGGUCCUCGUGUACUACUUAUUCCUUGUCCAUAGCGCACGUGCGCGCAGCGUCUUUUUUUGGUGGUUCUUUUUAGGGUUUUUCUUCGCACUUGGUGGGGGUGAUUUAUGGCCGGAGACGCGCGCUAGAACUUUUCUUUUCUUUCGUUUUGUUGGGGGGGUCGUAUGCCGAAUAUACACCGUGGUCGUCGUUAGCCAUG